ACGGCUCCACCCUCUCGGCGGGGCCGCAGCCAUCUGGGGCCCCUGCCAGUCGCGACCGCUCCGGGGCCCGCACCGAGCUCGCGACCCGCUUGCGCGGCGGGAGGCAGCCCCCGGCAAGGACCCCGGCCUCCCCCGCGGGCGGUCCCGGCGCUGAGAUGCCCCGAGGGGGCGGUGGCCGCGAGCCGAGCCCGGGUGGAAGCGCGUCGCAGCGGACGCGGGCGCCCCUCGCCACCUCGGUGACCCUUCGGGAGCCGGGACCGGAGCCCCGGAGGCGGCUGUGCGGGCCCGCGGGGGCGGCGAGGUCCGUGCUCCUAGCGUCCGGAGCGGGCGCCGGCUGCUGAGCCUCGGCUGGGCUCGUGGCCUCCCGCCUUUCCCCCCAGCCCCCCGCGAGCUGCCAGGAGGAAAUAGCGCGCGGCCCCUUUAAAUUUACCCAGGAGCCCUUAAAGGAGCCCCAGGGGCCCCAGACAGGAAUCCCCACCCCGGUCCAGCCCGCGCCGCCGAGCAAGCAGCCUGCCGUCCGUGCGGCCGGCCGCCCCGUGCAUGCGCCCCGCGCCCCGGGGCCCCGUGCACCGAGCGCUCCGCGCGGGCUGCCGCCGGCCCCGCGGCCCCGCGCCCCGCCGCCCCGGGGCCCCGCUCCUCAGCGCAGCGCAUGGAGCCCGGCGGGGACCACCGGAGCCGGAGCGGCGGCGGCAGGGGCGGCCCCGGGCCAGCAGUGGCCUCGGCACGGGGCCGACGGCUGCCGCCCGCCGGAGUGAGCGGCGGCGCGGAGCCGGAGGAGGACGAAGGCGGGCAAGAUCUUCAGCUGGAAGGGGGUGCCUUGGGGUCCUGGGGGAGUGCCCCCCUGCCCUCCUCCAGGGCCAGGGGACCAGCAUCUUCAGGCAGGAAGUAUUCAGACCACUGUGAGGCUCGGGCCUCGAGGCCUGGCAAGAGCCGCAUCCCUGGCCGUGACCACCGGCGCUACUACCACGACCACUGGCGGCUGGAGUACCUGAUGGACUUCAACCCUGCCAGGCACGGCAUGGUGUGCAUGGUGUGCGGCAGCUCCCUGGCCACGCUCAAGCUCAGCACCAUCAAGCGCCACAUCCGCCAGAAGCACCCCUACUCCUUGCACUGGAGUCCCCGGGAGAAGGAAGUCAUCAGCAACAGCUGGGAUGCGCACCUGGGGCUGGGGGCCUGCGGAGAGGCGGAGGGCCUGGGGGUCCAGGGGGCUGAGGAGGAGGAGGAGGAGGAGGAAGAAGAGGAGGAGGAGGGGGCCGGUGUCCCAGCUUGCCCGCCCAAGGGCCCAGGCAAAACCCCAGCUGGUGGGGGCUGCCGGCGCCAGCGGCGAGGGGGGCCAGUGGCACCCCGGGCUCGGCGUCUGCGCCUCUCAGCCUCCCGGAGGGCCGGGGGCAGCAGGGGGCUGGGGGCCCGGCGCCUGGAGAGGAGGCUGAAGGAGUCCCUGCAGAACUGGUUCCGGGCCGAGUGUCUCAUGGACUACGACCCGCGGGGGAACCGGCUGGUGUGCAUGGCCUGCGGCCGGGCACUGCCCAGCCUGCACCUGGACGACAUCCGUGCCCACGUGCUGGAGGUGCACCCCGGCUCCCUGGGGCUCAGCGGCCCCCAGCGCAGUGCCCUGCUGCAGGCCUGGGGGGGCCAGCCUGAGGCGCUCUCUGACCUCACCCAGUCCCCACCAGGCGAUGACCUCGCCCCCCAGGACCUGACCAGAAAGAGCCGGGACUCGGCCUCCGCUGCUGGAGCCCCCUCCUCUCAGGAUCUCAGCCCCCCAGACGUAAAGGAAGAGGCUGGCUGGGUCCCUGAGAGGCCCGGGCCCGCAGAGGAGGAGGAGCUGGAGGAGGGCGAGGGCGAGAGGGCGGGGGUCCCGGGCCGGUCGCCGCGAGGCCGCACCCACCGCCGCCACCCCCAGGAGCGCUGGCGGCUGGAGUACCUCAUGGAGCUGGACGGCGGCCGGCGCGGCCUGGUGUGCGGGGUGUGCGGGGGCUCGCUGGCCUCGCUCAAGAUGAGCACCAUCGAGCGCCACAUCCGCCGGCGCCACCCGGGCUCCACGCGCUUCGGCGGGCCCCUCCAGGCCCUCAUCGCCCGGGAGUGGAGCGAGAAGGCCGCCCACCUGCUGGCCCUGGGGCUGCCCCGCCCCGAGUCUCCCCGGGGCCCCGCCGCCCCAGGCACGGCCGCAGCCUCCGAGGAGGGGGGAGGGGACGAGGAGGAGGAGCCAGAGGAGGAGGCGUGGGGUGACGUCCCGCCGUCCCCUGGGGCUCCACUGGAGCGGCCCGCUGAGGAAGAGGAGGACGAAGAGGACGGCCAGGAGGCCGGGGAACUCGCCUUGCCGCCGCCGCCCCCCCCGCCGCCGCCCCCGCCCCCGCCCCGCAGCCGGGAGCAGCGGCGGAACUACCAGCCGCGCUGGCGGGGCGAGUACCUGAUGGACUACGACGGCAGCCGGCGCGGCCUGGUGUGCAUGGUGUGCGGGGGCGCGCUGGCCACUCUCAAGGUGAGCACCAUCAAGCGCCACAUCCUGCAGGUGCACCCCUUCUCCAUGGACUUCACGCCCGAGGAGCGCCAGACCAUCCUGGAGGCCUAUGAGGAGGCGGCGCUGCGCUGCUACGGCCACGAGGGCUUCGGGCCGCCCGCCCCAGCGCCGCGUGACGGCGGCGCGGACCUCAAGUCUGGCGCUGUGUGUCGGGCAUAGCGGCCUGGUGGGUCCCCGGGUCGGGUCGGCCCCGCUCCGCCCUGCCCUGGCUCGCCUGGCCCCCCUGCUGGGAGACCCUCGCGCCGGGUGCUAGCGCUCCCCGCGGCCGCGCCCCCCGCUGGCCGGGCCGGGCGGAGACGGGGCAUCUAGUGGGGUCGCUGGCGUCCGCGCGGUGCUACUCGGGUUCCCGAGCCAGUCGGUGCGCUGCGGGAAGCGCACUUUCCCCUCGGCCCCCAGCCCUGCCCUCCCCGUGCAGGGCCCACGUUUUCCGCGAAUCCAAAGCGGCCUCCAAGUGUUAGCGCCGAGCGCUCCGGCCGCACCCCGCGAGGGACUCCUCCGCAGGCCGGGACUGGGGGCGCCAUCAGUCAGUAUUAGGGCCGGAGGGGGGCCUCGCGGAGGGCAGGAAGGAUGUUCCGGCUCUGGCCCUGGUCCUGGCAGGGAGCCCAGUUCUCUGCAGCCUUGCACGCCGGCAGGCACGGCUCCCGGCUCGGGGGCUGCUGGCUGCCCUUCCCUAAUUGGGAUUCUCGGCCUCACGGAGGCCCUGGCUGCAGACUGGGGCUUCCAGCCGGAGGCGGGGCCUCGGGGCUCGGGAGCCUUCCCAAGCUAGGAGGGUCUGUUGGACCGAGGGCGGGGCGAUGCGCCCGGGGCCUGGGCCGGAUCAGCUGCGCCGACCUCUCCCGCGGGCUCGGUAGGAACCGAGCGGCCCCACCUUCCUCCCGGGUCGCUGCCGCGCCCGCCCAGACGGAUCUUGUAAAGGGAUUAGCACUUUUUUCCUUUGCUCCUCUUGCCCCGAGGGCCCCGUUUAUCCCUAAACUCAGAGUCGGGCGCCACCAGGUCCGUGGGAGCCCGGGGCACAGGAGGUCCCGGCAGUCAGCCUUCUCUUCCCACCCCAUCCCCAUCCCCUUUUGUACGCGGUGGAUGCGGCGCCCGUUCUCAGCCCGCAAGGCCUGGGGCCGGGCCUCGCUUCUUUUCCCCGCAGCAGCGCCACGCCAGGCCCUCUGGGGCAGGGAGGGGACCCCGCGAUCUCCCAGGCAGGUCCGAGAGGGAUGUGUAGAUUCAUUCUCCUGUGGAGAACCGGUGGCCCCGAGAUCAGGCCCUUUUUUUGCUCUUUGUAUUUUAUUUUGAAACUGUAUUUAAUGCUUUUUUAUGAAAUAGGGAGGGGCGGGGACAGAGCUGACCCAGUCACCCCUAUGUGCAAAUGUCUUAUUUAUUAUGCGUGUAUCAGAGAUAAGCUGUGAGGUGGUGAAGGGAGGACCUGAAGGAAGGAGUAGCCUGGGACGGGAGGACCCCAACUGGCUGUGCUGACGUUACUCCCUGGGAGCAUCUGGGCCUCGAUGUCUGCUCUUCACAAAGCCAGGCUGCUGCAGAGACAGUUCCCUGGGUCCUAAAGUCGGGGUGGGGAGGCCAGUGGGUGGGACUUGAGGGUUGUGUAUGGAGGAAGAGGUCCUGGCAGUGGGGGCCAGCCCCUGCCUCGGGGUGGGAAAGCAAGAGGGCAGAGUAGGCCCCUCAUCCCUGACCCGUAGGCGAGAGCCCAAGGUUCAAGUGCCUCAGGCCCAGUCCCCUUGACUCUUCCUGUUUGGAAGUUGGAUUUUAUACCACGGAUUUUAUAGCAUUUUUAUAUAAUUCGAGACUGUCAGAAUUGGGAAGGACCCUGGAGAUCACUAGUACCACCCUCCUCCCUUUCACAGAUAGGUAGAUUGGCGCCCAGGAACCGAGAUUAUGACAUAGCCAGGUAGGGGGCAGGACAAGAACUAGAAUGAAAAUCCUAGCUCCCGACCCCCAGUGUUCUUUGCACGAUACCACGCUGCUUCCCAAUUUGCUGGUCAGUGAUUAAAAUUUGUCACGCCUGCUGAAGGAUUGACGUUUUGGGCACUGUAGGCCACCACAGUGGAGCUCUGACUCCGGAAGGUAGCAAAGCCCUGUACACUACAUUGGGAUGAGCACGCUGAGCUCUGCACGGCCUCAGCUGGAAGGCGCCGUCAGCUGGGCCUUCCCCUCCCCAGUAGAACUCUACAGGCGGGGCGGCUGCUGCGGGCCUAAGACCUCUUCGGCAGGGGGCUUUGUGUUCUUCGUUGUGGAAGCCACCAGGGAUUCAGGAAGAUCCUGAAUGGGUUGUCAGUUGACUGAAAAGUGAAUUCCCAGUUUGAACCUCCAGGGUUUUUGAGACAGUAUUAAAAACUUCAGAACGGAGUUUAUGGAUGGCACCAGGCUGCGUACUGCCAUUUACUUUUCUUCAUGCAUGUUUUUGGAUCCAGAGUGAGUAUUACACCAUUUUUUUUUUUUUUUUUUUUUUUUUUUUUUUACUCUGCCCGCUCAAAAACAGUAGGAAAAUUGGGGCAACCAAUUUAUAAUUAUUCAGGCUCACUUGCAAAGUUAAGAUAAGCCAGGGCAGAGGAGUAUCUUUACUGAGACAGCUCCAAACACACCAGUGAGUCUCAAAGUGUGUCCCUGAGACCGGCAGCAUCAUCACCUUAGGAAUCUGCUAGAAAUAUUCUUGGGCCCUACCCCAGGAUUUCUGAAUCAGAAACUUGGUUGGGGCUCAGCUGUCUGUUUUCAUGAGCCCUCCAUUGAUAUCGACGCAGCUGCAGUGCUGGGCACCAGUGAUGGGGGAGGGCUGCUGCAGUGAUUCCUGCUUCCACCGAGGUUGCAGCCUCACAGGUUAGAGGUCGGGAGGUGACUUGGUCCUCUUGCCUCGUUAUGCCUCCUUGCCUUGAGAUUCUGACGUGAACAGGUGAAGUUUCUUCAUGAUUUUUUCUUUUUGUUAAUGGUAUGCUUGCUAUUAUGGGCAAUAUGUAAAUGUUACUCUGAAUACAUAUUUAUAUACCAUGUUACUUAGUGACAUUAUUCAAACAUUUGUAUGUGUAUUUGUGAAAUUGUUUGCAUCAGUCAUUUAAACAAUAUUUCAGCCUAAGUUUUCUAAGAGGUAUGUUGAGUACAUUUUUAAAAGCCAGCUUAAGGGUCACAGCAGCCUUACUUUAGGAGAAGAGCUAAUCACAGGUGACCACUCGAGUUCUUUCAAUUAAGACCUGAUGUAUUCAGUUCCUAUUUUCCAUGGUGUUUGACUCAAUUUAAGUGCAUUGUGGCUAUAUGUAAUUUAUAGGUGGGGAAAACUCCCAGGUGGGUGGGAGACUGAACUGGGAUAACAGACCCCCGACCCCUCCUCAUUCUUCUAUAAGGUCAUCACCUCUUAGAGGAUCUCUUAUUUCUUUGAGAUCAAAUGCACAGUUAUGCUCUACAACUAAAUUCUGCAGUCUUGGGAAUCCUUAUCAGUAACAACUAUUAAGUCACUUUUUAAAGCCCCCAAAGUGGAGUGAGGAUGGGGGAAUGGAAGCAGUGUUUGGUUCUUACUUUACCCAAACUGUGUAUAAAGAAUAAAGUUAGCAGAAUGAUGCCACA